UCCGACUCCGCGGCCGGCUCGAUGGCGGGCCAGGGCGACGCGCCCGAGGCGGAGGAGUGCUGGAAGCUCAUCGACAGCCUCCAGGCCUCUAUCGAGCAGUUCCAAGUCAACCGCAGACUUACCAUUUCAGAUGAUUUAAAAGUUGGCUUUUUCAACACAGACCAUGCGACUCAAACUGAUUCCAGUGAAAUUUUGCCAGUAAAAGAGUUGAGUUCAGAUACACAAAAUUUAGUGCAGAUUGUUAAAUCCCUCCAGGUGGAUUUUGGGUUCCUCAAACAACUGCUUCAGUUGAAGUUUGAGGACAGACUUAAAGAGGAGUCUUUGAGUCUCUUCACUGUGCUACACGACAGGAUCAUGGAGGUUGAAAAACACCAUCAACGGAAUGAGGAUCACAUGAGAAAAUGCUUCUAUCAGCAGUUAGCUGAUGCCAUAGCUAUCCUGAAAGGACUGUACAAGGGCUCCUUGGCCAAAGAGACCAUCGCUGCAAAGUUAAUCCUGGAAAAGGAAAAUUUGGAGUACAAAUUGGAAGUGGAGAAACUGGUUCAAAUCAUCUCAGAGCUGGAGGAGGAAGUCCGAAGCAAUAUAAACGAAUAUUCAAUAUUAGAAGAUGAAUAUAUAAGUCUGAAAGAGAAGUCAGAAAAGGAUCAUAGAACUAUUCGAAAGUUAAUGAAUGCCAGUGAGAGAUUAAGAGAGGAGCUUGACUAUGAAAAAUCAGUCGUCCAAGAAAUGGUUACUAAACAGAAAGAGGAGAUGGAACAAAAAAAAGCAUUCGAUGUCCUGAGCAUGAAGCGCUUGCGAUCAGCCAAGUUGAAAGAGCUCACCCAGGCCCAUUGGUCCUCAGUGUCCAAGCCCCCACCCAGGCCCCUAUCCAGGCCCCCAUCCAAGCCCCCACCAGCUUCGAGGCCAGCAUCUGCACAAUCUGCAGCUACCAGUAUGGCUACCAGUAUAUCAUCUGCCGAGUCCAGAAAAUCUAGGGCUUCAAAGAAAACUUUAAAGGAAGAGCAGCCUGAGGUAAAACCUGAGAAAGAGAGAUUGGAAUCCAUUAAAGAAAAGCCACAGUUUGUCGGUGUAAGUUUGAAGAAGCCGAAGAAGGUAAAACAUUUAACAGCUGUUAAGGUACAGGAAGAAAAGAAGGUGAAAACAGAGGUGGUUCAGACUGAAGAAAGAAGUGAGUUGUUGGUGCAAGUAGAAGCACUAAAGGUCAUAGUAGACAAUGAGAAGAAGAAGUUUGAAAGGUUUAGAAAGGAAGCAGAUCGGAUAAACAGAAACUGGGAAAAAAGAUUCCUUAUUCUCAGGAACAGCUUUCAUGUCCUCAAGGAUGAGAUGUUUACUAGGCACACACUGUUCCGUCAGUUUGCAGUGCUUGCUGACACGUCCUUCAAUUAUAUUAGACUAAAACCCUUAAUCGUGCAGUCUAAAUUAAAUUUGACCGGUACUACAUCUUCUUCAAGUGAUUAUUACCGUGCAUCUUCGAUAGACAAUAAGACCAACGAUGCAAUCAGUGACCAGGUACCCUUUCAAAUUUCAGCGAAAGGGAAGUUUUCGGAAGCCCUGGAAGAAGUCUCUUACGAGAAUCAACAGCAACCGAUGCCCCAGAACAGCCCCGCGGACACGCCCUAAGCGGGCAGGAAGCUGGGCAGCGCCGGGCGGGGGCACAGAAAGAGGGUCCUCACCCUCCCGGCGUGGGGCCUGCCUCCCUGGCCAGGGAUGCCAUCUCCAAGGAGUUUCUAAACUCACUGUUCAGUCCCUCUGGAUUCUGCACAUUAACGCGAGCACCGAGUUUGAACACAGCCCGGCGUGCGCCCUCUGCGCGCGCCAAAACCAAGCCUUUAGGGGACCGCUGGGUCGCGCAGGGGGAGCGGGGCGCACAGACCCUGGGGACGGCCACAGCCACUGGGGCGCUCAGAGGUGUGCCCAGGCGCCUAAGGGUGGGAAGGGAGGAAUUUCAAUUAAAAAGUUU